AAAUGGGGACAAUAAUUCCUUGUUAAUUACUUUAUGUUGCUGUGGGGACCUCAAGACCAAACAAAACUCUCAGAAAAGCAUAAAGAGCAAUUCAGAGAGGGAUUGUUGACUAUCAUCGUCAUGGUGCUAAUCCGCACGUCUCCAGGAUUUUUUUUCCUUCUGCUGUGCUUCUGGAAAGCGGCGAGCAGAGCGAGAGGCGCGGGCUCGCGAGGACAAGGGGUCAAGGCCGGACCUUGAAGUGAAGCGCAAUCCGGAGCAACCUGCAGUCAAACGGGCUCAGAAGGUGAAGCCGGCACCGCGGUAACGCGCGCCCAGGCCCAGGGAUGAGGCAGCGGCCCACAGCAUCCUCGCCGGGCCCCUCCAGCCUGCUCCAGCGGCUCCGGGACGUCGCGCGAGCGCCCCCGGCUGCCCCAGAGAUCGCUACGGCGAGGGGCGGGGCGGGCGGAGGAGUGCGCGGCAAAGGGCGGGGCCUCUUCGCGUCCACUGAUGGCGUCAUCGGAGCGACAGGCCCGGAAGGAAGUAGCGUGCUGAGGGGUGUGGCGGUUUCUGCGGUUGCUUGGGAGUUCGGACUUGUACGGAGCGCCCGGAGGGACAGCCUGGACACAGGUCCGCUGAUGGCUCAGUUGGGAGCAAUUGUGGCCGUGGCUUCCAGUUUCUUCUGUGCAUCUCUCUUCUCAGCUGUGCACAAGAUUGAAGAAGGUCAUAUUGGGGUGUAUUACAGAGGCGGUGCCCUGCUGACCUCCACCAGCGGCCCUGGCUUCCACCUCAUGCUCCCGUUCAUCACGUCCUAUAAGUCUGUACAGACCACACUUCAAACAGAUGAGGUGAAGAAUGUACCAUGUGGGACCAGUGGUGGCGUGAUGAUCUACUUUGACAGAAUUGAAGUGGUAAACUUCCUAGUCCCAAAUGCAGUGUAUGAUAUUGUGAAGAACUACACUGCAGACUACGACAAGGCCCUCAUCUUCAACAAGAUCCACCAUGAACUGAACCAGUUUUGCAGUGUGCACACGCUUCAGGAGGUCUACAUUGAACUGUUUGAUCAAAUUGAUGAAAACCUCAAACUGGCUUUGCAACAGGAUCUGACCUCCAUGGCCCCUGGACUUGUUAUCCAAGCUGUACGAGUGACAAAGCCCAACAUCCCUGAGGCAAUCCGCAGAAACUACGAGUUGAUGGAAAGCGAGAAGACGAAGCUUCUCAUUGCAGCCCAGAAACAGAAGGUGGUGGAGAAGGAGGCGGAAACAGAGAGGAAGAAGGCCCUCAUUGAGGCAGAAAAAGUGGCUCAAGUUGCAGAAAUCACCUAUGGACAGAAGGUAAUGGAGAAGGAGACUGAGAAGAAGAUUUCAGAAAUUGAAGAUGCCGCAUUUCUGGCCCGGGAGAAGGCAAAGGCUGAUGCUGAGUGCUACACUGCUCUAAAAAUAGCGGAAGCCAAUAAGCUAAAGCUGACCCCAGAAUAUCUACAGCUGAUGAAGUACAAGGCCAUUGCUUCCAACAGCAAGGUCUACUUCGGCAAGGACAUCCCCAACAUGUUUAUGGACUCUGCAGGAGGUCUGGGCAAGCACUUUGAGGGGCUGGCUGACAAGUCGAGCCUUGGCCUAGAAGACGAGCCCCUAGAGGCAGCCACGAAGGAUAACUGAGAAAGCUCUUUGUCUGUGACCUCUGAUCGUGACACUUAGAGAGAUCUUUAUUUUUAAGCUGAAACAGAAUGUUCCUUCCACACCAACUUCUUUGACUCUUCAAGUUACCAUGGUAAAAAAGGAAGCAGUGGACUUAAAUGUACUCCCCUUCUGGGAAGGGAGGGCAGACGAAUAAUUAGGGCUUUUCAUUCAGGUAAGUGUGACUUCUUACAUGGUGUGUAAACCAUAGAUUUGACCUCUGACCUGCAGACACCAACUCUGUCCCUUUGAAGCUGGCAUACCUGGAGAUGCUGUCAGUAGUAGGAGAGACGUGUGUCGGCUGCUCCUGGUGGUUUGACUUCUCUCAUUUGGGAAAAUGCAUUCCACAGUUCUCACCCCUGCCUCUAAGGCCGGCAGCUGCUGUCUGUGGGAGGGGCACAUGUGCACUGGGAGCAUCAGUUGCUGAGAGCAUUGGCCUGCUGGGCAUUUCUGUCAUCGUGAGUGUGAGUUAUUUUAGGGGCAAGUUUCGUUGAGCCACCUAAGGAAGAACCCGGUGCUAAGUUUUGCAAGAUUUUCUAUACAUUACCCUCCUUGUCCUGGGGCUCAAAGGGUAGUGUUUUCUGACUACAUCUCCAGCAGCCCUGCUUAGUCACUAACAUACAACACCGUACCUGUGGUUUGAUUGCUUCUUGAAUAAUUUGUCCAUUAGUUUCACUCAGGAUCAAAAAGAUAGGAACAGGAAGUGUCUUACUAACCCAUAAAGUAGGGUCAUUAUGCCUAUUAAGCACUGUAGUUCUUGCUGGCCUGAUUAUGUGUACUUCUGAGACCAAACCCCUUUAUUAGAGUGAAGAUUCUUCAUUGAAGAGCUCAGACACGGUGUGUGGAGGAGGAAGUGUCAGCCAAGAGAUGCGCAAGUUGUAGUGCCUGUGGCCUGUGCUGGGUCCCUGACAUACUGUUAAGAAAAGCUUCUAAAUCCAGGACUCCAGGCAGCCACUUGGGAGUCGCCUACAGAGCUGCAGUGUAGCUUCAAGUCAGAGUUUUGGGUCUGAAUCAAAAUACAUUCAGAAUGUUUUCUUUUUCUUUCCUAGUUAGGAAUAUAAGGAGUCACCUUGGGAGACUCAGAAUGGAGAGAACAAACAUAAAGGAAAGGUAUUUCUUAGGUCCUGAAAUUGGGGUGGGAGCAGGGCUCCGACCUGUAUGGCCAGUGAGUGCUACCCAGAAUUGCUGUGUGGAGGGCAGCUGUGCAGUUACUUUACACAUCCAUACCCUGCGUAAGCAUGAUCAGCUCUUGACCUUGUUAUUAAGUGCCCCCAACACACAGGCACCUACUGUAUCUUCUAGGUGAGUACUGUUAAUGGUGUUUUUGACACCAAUCCCCACCUCAUUUUUGGUUCUGUAACUCAGGCCAGCUUGCUUCUGAGUGGUACCAGGCCUGUCAGGUGUUGGGGGAGCGUUCAUCCUGCCUAUAAAGAGGCAGAGCACCAGCUCCCCUCCUCCAAGUGCUGUCUUUCUCUGUUCCAACUAAUCACAGAUUUCUCAAGCCACUGGUCCUGUCAUGCUUUGUAUAGGCCACAAAACGUUUGUGGAAGGAAUAUACUGUAAUGUGUUCAGGAGCUCUUACAGAGGUGGUCUCUUCCCACGACAAGUAGGGCACCCAUUGUUGAAACGCAUUCAUCUUCCUCACACUCACUGCUGCUAAACAUUUGUUAAGAGCAACAUGCUGUACCCAGCACAGCCCCGCCCCCCCAGUCACAUGUGUCUUCAUUCUCCUCUAAGCUCUUCCACCUGAGCCUCAGAAAACACUACUUCACGCAGUCAGCACAGGGGUAAGAGUAUCUGACCAGAUAGUACUCACUCAGCUCGGCAGUCUCCCUGGUACUAACACCCUGCUAGCUUGUCCCCUAACCACAAAGAGCCUCGAUAAAGUCCUGCUGCAACUGCCCCCACCCACCCAAUGUAACUGUCACUUCUUUAAACAAAAAAAAAACGAAAUGUUCCCAUGCCGUUAACCAGUCCAAUAGUCGUGGGUAUCUGUCACAGAAGUAAAACCAUGGCUGUCCACUGCCGCCUCAGCACAGGAUGACUAGCCCGUCUGUCUGUGUGUGACUGCUUUUAUACUAGAAAACUGAUCUUAAGACAUUUGAAUUUAAACAUAAAAUGUGAUAAGCCUGCAGUUUUGUAGGCGGUAAAGUCAUGGCUGCUAUUUAUAAGUAGAACUUCUAUUAAAAUAAGUAACUGUUUAUAAAUUCAGUUUUUGUAGGAUUUUCCCAAGAAACAGAAUGUUUCUCAUUCAUUAAACUUUGCAGUUUUUAAUCACUUUUUUGAAUAUAUGGUCAGAAUGUUUGUAAGGAAGCCAAAGUUUGUUAAUAAUUUUUAUAUAUAACUAAAAAUAGAAGUGGAAGAAUUGGCGAUUAUACUAUGCUGAGGAGGAAGGAACCACUGAAUGUCCUAAAAAAGAUGUUUCGUAUCUUUCAAUGUUGAUAGUUUUACCAUUUAAAUUGUGAAAGCAAGAUAAUCACAGUUCCCAACCUUGGCUGUCUUAAGUUUGUCUUGACAAAUAGCUACUGUGUGUCUGUGAACCUAACCUACUUGUACUCAUUGGGCUCGUAGAUGCUGUUUGUGUUGUUUCCUUAAAAAAGCUGUAAUGGGCAAUCAUUGCUUGUCCUUCCAUUCCUUUUUAUCUCUGCUUUUAUGUAAAUGGACUAGUCUUCCCCCCCCACCCCAGAGCCCUUCAGGGCUUAAUGAGCCCCCUUUGUAACUGAGAAAUGAUUCUUGCUACAGUAAUCAUUCUAUAAAUGACACUAUUAGAUUAACUGAUUGUCUCGGGGAUAGAUCCAGGAAGUUUCUGGACAACACAAGAGGUCUCAUGUGAAUUUAUUUAUGUCUUGGUUUUAAUUUCAGUCUUGCUAAAUAAAGUAAGUCUUUGUGUUCACUUUCUUACUAAA